CUGUCCUGUACACAAUGGAGAGGCAUUUGGUUUUUUACAUGUUAUGUUACACUAUUCUGUUUCACUUUUUAGCUCAUAAUGAAGCAACACCGUGGGCUAGCAGACAGUGUCAACAGAUAGCAAACGGCUAUGAUUGUAGCGGUAUGGACCUACAAUUAAUUCCAGAUGAGGUACCAAAUUCUGUCCAAAUUUUUAAAUUUAGCUUCAACUACCUGCCCGCCCUAUACAACUCCACUUUUCAGAGGCUAAAUAACUUGCAUUCAUUAGACCUGACAAGGUGUAGUAUCACUUUCAUGUAUGAAGACAUUUUUAAAAAUCAGCCUGACUUGGAAGUCCUAAUCCUAAUCGGAAACCCACUUGUGUUCAUCGCAAGUAGAGCUUUUUUUGGACCACUAGCAUUGAAAUAUCUCAGUCUAGCUCAGUCAAAAAUCAAAAGCCUAUCAGACAUCCCGUCGGAUAAUCUUGCAUAUUUGGAGGUUCUGGACCUUGGGGGAAGUGGCAUUCACUCAUUAGAUGGACUAAGCAGUUUCCACUGGCAAAGCGUGAACAGCCUGCAGCUGGAUAUGAACUCUAUUGACCGGAUAAGUCUGACUGACCUGCAACCAAUCCACAAUGUGGUCGGGAUGAGCAUCAGCUUCAAAGGAAACGAUUUUUUUUCUAUAGAACCAGGUGCUUUUCAGUCACUGAAAUUGAGCAGUCUUGAUUUCAGUGGCUGCUUCAGCAAAAUGAACUUCUCCUCCCUUCUGAGAGGGCUUGAAGGUAUUACAACCAACAGGCUGAAACUGGGAUUGUAUGAAAGCGAUCCAAAUGUGUUCAUACCAUCAGCUGCUCUACAAUCUUUUUGCAAGAUCCUCGUUACUGACCUAGAUUUCCAGCUUCAGCAUUUCUUAGACCUAAAUAAUUCCACGUUUCAUUGCCUUGAAGGGCUUAAAAAGCUUGACCUUACCAGAGCCCACCUGGAUUCAUUGCCCUUUAACAUGACUGGCCUGUCCAACUUGUCCCAUCUGGUGCUAGAUGAGAACAGAUUUUCAGAUGUCUGCAGCAUCAACACCAAAAGCUUUCCCAUGCUUACGCACUUGUCAGUGAGCGGGAACUUAAAGCCCCUCGAAUUCAGCAAUAGAUGCUUGGAGAGUCUCAGAGUCCUAGAGGAGCUGGAUCUCAGUCAUAGUUCAGUAAAACUCAGAGGACCUUGUUGUAACGACCAGCUGUUUGGUCUGAGUGAACUGAAGCUCCUCAAUCUCAGCUAUAGCUUACCAAUGGUGUGGAGUUCGCAGCCUUUCAGUGCGUCUCCACAGCUGGAGCACUUGGACUUCAGCCAUUCACUUUACAGUCUGAACGGCAGCUCACCAUUCAGCAAUCUACAGAGUCUCCGAACUCUAAAUCUUUCCUGGUCAAAUACAAGUCUGACAAAUAUGCACAUCUUCAAUGGAUUGAAAACCUUGCAACUCCUCAAUUUGAAGGGGAACCCCAUUCAAGGAGGGGUUCUUAGCCAUGCAGAGCUCUUUAAAUACGUCCCUAUUUUGGAAACCCUCAUUUUAUCUUCAUGUAAAAUAACUGCCUUCGAAGAGAACUUGUUUAAAGGUCUCACCCACCUCAGGCAAGUAGACCUGAGUGAAAAUAAGCUUGUAAAACUAAGCACCUCUGGGUUUUACUCCCUGUAUUCUAUCCAACUUAACUUUGCCAGUAAUGCCAUUGUGACAGUGGAUGUUGGAAGUAUUAUUAAUUUGGGAAAAGGAAGUACUGUCGAUCUGAGUUACAAUCCCCUAGUAUGCAACUGUAGCAACUUUCAGUUCAUCAACUGGGUUAAGAAAAACACAGUCAAAGUAAAACACUUAAUGGAGACAGUUUGUAAUGCUACAGAAACAAGGAUUAUUGAUGCUAAACUUCAAUGCGAAUUUCCUGUUGGUGUAAUUGUAUUUGUUAUAAUUCUAGUCGUGAUUAUAAUUGCAUCUGCCGUUUUCUGCCUUGUCAGGAGAAUUAGAAGAUAUCCUAGAUACACACAGCUGUAAAUUCAGAAGAUUUAGUUUGGGCUUCCUCCA